AACGGCAGAAGGUGGAACCCGCGUCGUGCCGUUGAAAACGUUUCUGAUAGGAGAAAAAAUAUCAGAGCUCAAAGCUUCGCCGGACGAUCCGGCGACUAAAUUCCACUGAGAGAAACAAUCUCCGUUCUCUCAGAGAGAGAGAGAGAGAGGGUUUCGAGUUUUCUGGUGCGUCGCCGAUCAAUUUUCAGUUACCGGUUGGCUUAUUUGUGCUUUGAUCUGAGACUUUUUUGGGGAAAUCGUUUUCGGCGGAUUGUAAAAUGAAUUGGCGAAGGUUUGAGUUUUAAGGAGUGCCUCGUUUAAUCAUCGAGCUCUGUUUUCCUUCUUGCCCGAGGAAGCUCUAGGGCUUUUUCGGUGGAUCAAGAGGGACGGAGGAUUACACGUUAGUUAAUAGAUUCAACAGGAUUUUGAGGAAUAUUGAUUGAUCAGUGGUUUUUUUUAUCUGAGUAGUAGAAAUGAGCUCAGUCUCGGGUGUAAUCUCGAGGCAAGUUUUGCCUGUUUGUGGUAGCCUUUGCAUUCUUUGCCCUGCGCUUCGUGCAAGAUCUAGACAGCCUGUGAAGAGGUACAAGAAGCUCAUUGCUGAUAUUUUUCCUCGUAAUCAGGAGGAAGGCAUAAAUGAUCGAAAGAUUGGAAAAUUAUGUGAAUAUGCUGCAAAGAACGCUGUGCGUAUGCCAAAGAUAUCAGAUUCUCUGGAACAAAAAUGUUACAAGGAACUGAGGAAUGAGAAUUUCCACUCGGCAAAGAUAGCCAUGUGUAUUUACAGAAGGCUUCUGGUCACUUGUAAGGAGCAAAUACCUCUUUUUUCUAGUGGUUUCCUAAGGACGGUGCAAGCUCUUUUGGAUCAAACUCGACAAGAUGAAAUGCAAAUAGUUGGGUGUCAGUCUCUUUUCGAAUUUGUAAUUAAUCAGAAGGAUGGCAGUUCCCUGUUUAACUUGGAAGGCUUUCUCCCAAAGCUGUGCCAAUUAGGACUGGAAGGUGGGGAUGAUGAUAGGUCGCGGAGCCUGCGUGCCGCAGGACUUCAAGCCCUUUCAGCAAUGAUUUGGCUGAUGGGUGAAUACUCUCAUAUUCCCAGCGACUUUGACAAUGUUGUCUCAGCAGUCUUGGAAAAUUAUGGCCACCCCAAAAUACUUACAAAUGCUAAUGAUAGUGGCAGAAAAUGGGUGGAUGAAGUCUUGAAAAACGAAGGUCAUGUAGCUUAUGCAGAUUCCCUCAUAAAUGUUCCUUCUUGGAGAACGGUUGUGAAUGACAAGGGUGAACUAAAUGUGAAAAUGGAAGAUUCCUUGGACCCUAGCUUUUGGUCCAAGGUUUGCCUACACAACAUGGCCAAGCUAGGUGAAGAGGCCACAACAAUGAGACGUAUACUUGAGUCUUUGUUCCGUUACUUUGACGAGGGAUGUCUAUGGUCAACAGAAAAUUCGAUUGCAUUCCCCGUUUUAAGGGAUCUGCAGUUUUUAAUGGAAAUAUCUGGGCAAAGAACACACUUUCUACUGUCUAUGUUGAUCAAACACCUUGAUCAUAAAAGUGUGCUUAAACACCCAAGCAUGCAGCUCAACAUUUUAGAGGUUACCUCCUCCCUUUCUGAAAAUGCAAAAGUUGAGCACUCCGCAGCAAUAGUCAGCGCAAUAAGCGAUCUCAUGAGGCACUUGAGAAAAUGCAUGCAUUCUUCUCUAGAUGAAGCAAAUAUUGGAACUGACGCAGCAAACUGUAUCAGAAUGGUCAGUGUAGCUGUUGAUAAGUGCCUCGUCCAACUAACGAAGAAGGUUGGAGAUGCUGGCCCAAUUCUAGAUGCUAUGGCUUUGAUGUUGGAGAAUAUCUCCGCUGUCACAGACGUAGCAAGAACCACAAUUGCUGCUGUUUUUCGCACUGCUCAAAUUAUAGCCUCUAUACCAAAUCUACAAUAUCAAAACAAGGCUUUUCCCGAGGCCUUAUUCCAUCAGUUACUACAAGCUAUGGUCCAUCCAGAUCAUAAUACACGGAUUGGCGCCCACCGUAUAUUUUCUGUUGUGCUGGUACCAACCUCAGUCUGCCCCCGUCCUUCCUCGACCACUACUGACCUUAAGAAAGGAAUGGGUCUUCCUCGUUCACUUUCAAGGACCGCUUCUGUCUUUUCCUCUUCAGCAGCCCUUUUCGAGAAGCUGAAGAAGGAUAAAUUUUCAUCGAUGCUGACUUCUGAUCAGAGCCAAAACGGAAUGCCUGAGGAAGAAUGUGGAAGCACUACGGGGGAAAUCCUUGACAGAUUGAAAUCUUCAUACAGUCAGGCAUAUAGCACUUGGAAUCAACCAGUGACCUCGGUAGCAGAUAACUCUGUGGAUCUUUUAAACUCUGAGCUGGAUGCUGUUCAUAUAAGGCUAAGUAGUCACCAGAUAGGUCUUUUGCUUUCAUCAAUCUGGGCACAGUCCAUAUCUCCGGCAAAUACACCAGACAAUUAUGAGGCGAUUGCUAACACCUACAGUCUUGUAUUGUUGUUCUCUCGUGUUAAGAACUCAAGUCAUGACGCUUUGAUUCGAAGUUUUCAAAUGGCACUUUCUUUGCGAGAUAUUUCUUUGAUGGAAGGAGGACCACUUCCUCCAUCUCGGCGAAGGUCACUCUUUACACUGGCUGCAUCAAUGGUUCUUUUUUCCUCAAAAGCAUUCAAUCUUUUUUCUCUGGCGGAUUUCACAAAAGUAACACUUCAGGGACCAAGGCUUGACCCAUUCUUGAACUUGGUUGACGACCACAAGUUGAAGGCUAUAAAUUCAGAUCAGCUAAAAGGUUCUUAUGGAUGCGAAAAAGAUGAUGCUUCAGCUUUAGAUACUCUUUCAAACAUAGCACUCUCCACUGAGCAUAGCAGAGGAAACCUUGUCUAUGAAAUCGUCAAAAGCUUAGAAUCUAUGUGCAAUUCUGAAAUGGACAAAAUGCGAGAGCAGUUGCUCACAGAAUUUAUGCCAGAUGAUGCAUGUCCACUUGGUACCCGGUUUUUAGAAGAUACCCAAAAAACCUAUCAGGUUGAUUCUGGAGAUGUUAAAUCUCAAAAGGACGCGGCACUCUUCUCUCACGAGGAUCAAGAGUUUGGAGAUGGCACCGAAACCGUUGCAAAGAAUCAUCCUGUAACAUUUUCUGAAAUCCCAGACCUCCUGACCGUCAAUCAGAUAUUAGAAUCUGUCGUUGAGACAACAGGUCAAGUGGGUAGAAUAUCCUUCCAUACUGCAGCUGAUGCUUCAUACAAAGAAAUGACACUUCAUUGUGAGAAUCUGUUAAUGGGAAAACAGCAGAAGAUCUCGAGUCUUUUAAAUUCUCAGCUACGACAUGAGAGUUCUGUUAACUGCUCUCCACGACAACAUGAUGAAGAGAUUAAGAUCGCAAGUUUCCAUCCUAUGCUCAAUCCAACAUUUCAUACUGAGGUCGAAGUCCCUUUACUGUCGAAUUCCUUUGACAUGAAAUCGCCAAGAACACCAGUGGGAACUAUUCAGUCACCGUGCUUUGCAGAACUACAAAAUAACCCACAAGCAUUUAGACUACCAGCCUCAAGCCCUUACGACAACUUCCUUAAAGCUGCUGGCUGUUGAUCAUCGGCAGGAUCCAAACCAUUGUUUGGCUUUGAACUCCAGUCAAAAGAACUCAAACAAAAAAAAUUAACAAAACUAGGUUUGCUUGGUUUUCAAAGUCUUGAGUUACAUUUUUUAGAUUCUUUAGCAUUAUAAAUCGGAAUUACUCCGUCGUCCUCCUAGGGUUUUUAUUCCUAUCUUCUCUUUUCACUUAUUCUUUUAUCCAAUUCAUUUGUUUCUUUUUGGUGUGAUGUGUAAAAAGAUGAAAGAGGCCAUCUGGUUUUCACGUGGUCUUGUAAUCUAAAGAUUCUACAACAAUGGCUUUGUUGAACAGUUUCCCACAA